GUACAAGAUGCCGUUAGUAGAAAUAAUAAGGAUGAUGUCGUGCAACAAGAACUUCUUGAUUGCAUAUGCAAUUCUGAAGGACAAGAGCCAGAACAACUAUGACUGGGUUCUGAAGCGGUUGAGAGAUCUGAUUGGGCCUGAUGUACAUCCUUCAGUCAUUGUCACUGACAGGGAGUUGGGGUUGAUUAAUCCUAUUAUAAUUAAUUUUCCAACGUCUGCCCACCUUCUUUGCACGUGGCACAUCAACAAGGAUGGGGAACACAAGGUCUAUAAUCUCAGCCAGAAGAAUACUCAUAUCGCCACUAAGUUCACGCGUGGCAG